ACAUUUAUAUAUCAAUACAUUUAUAGAAGGUGAUAGAGUCAAUUCGUUUGGGGGGAUAUUUUGGUUGCAUUUACGGGCCGACAUUCCGAUUACGAACACUAGUCUCUGUGUAUUGAAGGUUUUCACCCCCCUCAGACGCCGGACUUUUAAUUUGGGACUUUGUCACCAAAAUGGGUUCGUAGCUAGCUCCUAUUUCUUGUAUACAUAUACCUCGGGACGUUAACUUUCUUGCCAAUGUCAGAUUUUGUGUCAAUAGAAACUGGAAUAUGACCUAAAGACAUCAGAGGGUCCCAUGUCAUAGACCGUGGAUUCACCACUGAGAUAAGAAAACCCACUGCACUGCACAAUACCUACUCAAUUUAUAGGACAUCAGAGCGCAGCAUGUAUUUUUUGACCAUCCUCGGACUUUGUACUUUGGUGGCGGCUUUGCCAAGAGUAAAAAGACAGGAUCAAUAUUACAUGGAGAACAAAUGUUCAAUGGCCGCACGUGACACGAGUUGCCCCACCGGAUAUUGCUGCGCCUACGACGAAUUCUUCCGCAUCAUCUACUACUGCAAGAAACUGGGCGCCAUCAACGAGUCCUGUUCGACGGUAGCCAGCGACGCGGACUGCCCGUGCGAGCCUGGCCUCACGUGCGUGCCCACAGUCCAGGGCUCGUCCUUUGUUACUAUUUAUGGUAGAUGUAAACCGGUUGGCAUGACGACGGAAGAAGCCGGUACGACGGAAGCUGAACACACCAAUCAUGGGCAUCACGUGACCAAACAUGGCUAGAGGGUCGCUAUAUAUGUAAACUUGUGUUCACGCUUUGUUUAAAAUUUGUCUUGACAUGUGACAUGUUAAUUUAGAAUAAAUCAUACCUGCUCUU